UAGAAAUCAUGAGAUUUUCUCUUUUGCCACUCCCUAGACGUGCCUUGGCGUGCCCUUCAGUUUACUAAAGAAACUACAGCUAGCUAGUACGGCUCUACAAACCUCCAAGAUGUACUCGAGACUGCUAGUUGCGUUCGUUGUUUUAAAUGUACUUCUUUUAGUGCACGGAUUUAACAGUUAUCAUGUUCCACCGGGACUGGAUACAACAGAGGUGUCGCCUGGCAUUGAAGCUUUGCAGGACAAGUUGAGACCAUUGAAUAUACUCAUGGCUGCUGCCUACUUUCCUGGACACCUUUUCCCUUUGAUGGGCUUAGGAGAGACCCUUGUAAAGAGAGGCCACAAUGUUACCUUGUGCACUACUGUGAUGCAAGGCUCCAAGAUUCUUCCAAAGUUGGCCGAACGUGUUGGUGUUAAGUUUGUCAGUGCCGGCUACGACACUAUGUCGCAGCAAGAUUACGAAAAUUUGAUUCGAGAAUUCGCAGUCAACACCAUAAACAUGGAACUGCUCACCCGAUACAUGGGAGCAAUCCCGCCCACUAACGUACAAGUUAAGGAUCAAAUGGAAUUGAUGGGAAUUUCACAAUAUGACAUAAUUAUCGUUGACAUGAACACUCUACCAAUUGCCGUCUACUUUUCAAAACUGGGAAUCAAAACAAUCCUCUUCACCUCAUACUUAGCCCCCCUCACUGCACUGAUACCUCAAUGGACAGUUCCCCUGGCCCCACUAGAUCAAACAGAUGACUUGUCUUUCUUAGAACGUUUAUUCAACGCUGUUUUACAACCGAUAUUUUUAUUAAAAUUUCGAACUAGUUUUGAAGGAGUUUGCGCUCUUGACAAGAACUUCAGCGUUGUCCUCGGAAACGAUAACUUGAUAACGUACCCUGGAAUGCGUUUUCCACUCAUUGUUACGUCUGUUUUGGGUUUCGAUUUUCCAAAAACUAUUGGUCCUCUUGCCCACUACGUUGGUCCUGUUUUAAUGAGCUCCUCUCCUGAUCUAGACCCAACCCUAUCCAAAUGGCUGAACGUACGGGAAAACAGAAGUGUUAUCUAUAUCAGUAUGGGUACUACUGGAUACAUUACAAGCGACAUGGCACAAUCGCUUGUACAAGGAGUUAUGGCAACCAAAUACGAUGCCGUGUGGUCACUGCGAAUGAGUAAUCGCGAUAUUUUGAAGGAUAUUGAUAUUGACCCAAACCGAUUCUAUCUUGCCGAGUGGGUUUCACAACAAAUGGUUCUGAAGCAUCCUUCGAUUUCCCUAACUAUCCUCCAUUGUGGUAUGAACGGUGUGCAAGAAAGUCUCUACAACGCACUGCCAAUUGUGUGUCUACCAUAUAGUUUCGAUCAUUACGAGAUGUCAGCCAAAAUACAAACUGCGGGUGUGGGUGUAUCGUUAUACACUUAUUUUCAAUCACUUUUUGUUGGAAAAUCAUUUUCUCCCGAGAGUAUGUCUCAAGCAAUCAAGAGUGUUGAUACAACAUACAUGAGGGAACAAGCACAGAGGCUACAACUGAUGUUCUAUUUCUCCGGAGGCAGUCACAGAGCAGCUGAACUGGUUGAAUUCUACGAGAUGGUGGAUUACAGCCACCUCGCUCCUGCCUAUGUCAAGUACAACUGGAGUUGGGUGCAGUAUUAUAACUUGGAUGUUUACUGUGUGUUGAGUGUGGUUAGUUGCUUGUUAUUGUUUCUUGUGUACCAGGUAGCUAAAUCACUGGCAAGAUGUUUCUCGAUAGAUUAUAAGUCUAAGUUAGAUUAAGUUCUUGUGUUAUUAACUCUUUCUUUGUUUCACUCAUAAUUAUAUAGCAUGCAUCUUUCACCUCUCAGCUAUGUGUGUUAUAGUAACAUUAUUAUGACUUGAUACUUCAUUCUCUAUACAUGUACAUGUGUAAUUUUUACCGUCAUAAUACAAUAUGAUGUACAACCCUUUCACCGA